UAAACCUGAGAAAAGAAAUCCAGACCGCCUAAGUCAGAGCGGCAGGAAAUCGGACGCAGGCGAAUUACCGCUUGUCUAGUGCCGGGCGGCUCACUAAUUUUUCUUGUACCCGAGGAACAUGACGCCGGAGAAGCGACCCGCGGAGGACGAGGAGGAGCAGGAGACCAAGAAGUUGAAGGAGGACUCGACAGCAGCAGUGAGCGAGGCGGCACAAGAUGAUACGAGUCAAGAUAGUGUGGGAUCUGACUCGGCCUCCUCCACUGACCCCGAGAAAAAGCAGAGGCUCAGCCUGCCGGAGCACCGAGGCACCGUCCUGUACACAGGAUGCACACAGUGGGAGUACAUCGGCCGCCGCAACCUGAAGGGCAUCCCAGCCAUGCUGCACCAUGUGCCACGGCGCCUCGCAGCAUUCCGGGGCAUCCGUGUGGCCUACGUGGCGUCACACUGCUCUGCCGCCCACACCAUCUUCAUCAGCGAUGAAGGCAAAGUGUUCUCUCUGGGCCGCAAUGAGAAGGGCCAGCUGGGCAUUGGUGACACAGAGGUGCGGGCUGGUGUCAUCCCCAUGGAUACAAUGUCGGAGUUCACAGUGGUGGCAGCAGCUGUGGGACGCAACCACACACUCCUUCUGACAGACCGAGGCUCAGUGUUUGCCUGUGGGGACAACAAGUCAGGACAGUGUGGUGUGGGGAACACCACUGCUGUCCUCCACACUCCCUCCAGAAUCAGCUUUAAGGAAGGAAAAGUUGUCAAGGUGGCGUGUGGGGCAGAGUUCAGCAUGAUUGUGGACAAGAAGGGCUACCUGUACUCCUUCGGCCUGCCAGAGUAUGGCCAGCUGGGGCACAACACUGAUGGCAAGUUCUUUGUCACCAGCAACAAACUGUCAUUCCAAUAUGAGCGUGUGCCCCGGCGAGUGCCCAUCUUUGUGGAGCGCAGCAAGGAUGGCCACCCCACACCUGUCACUGAUGUGCAGAUUGUGGACGUGGCCUGUGGGAAUAACCACACUGUUGCUGUGGAUGCCAAGAAGAGGCCCUACUCUUGGGGCUUUGGUGGAUAUGGCAGACUGGGCCAUGCUGAGCCUAAGGAUGAGUACAUCCCGCGCCUCAUCAAGUACUUUGACGGACACAAUCGUGGUGUGGAGAAGGUGUACUGCGGCUCCACCUUCACCAUCGCCUGCAGUGCCCUCGGAGUGUUCCUGUGGGGCCAGACCAAGCGCACUGGUGAGGCCAACAUGUACCCCAAGCCACUGCAGGACCUGUUUGGCUGGGAUGUGCGUGCUGUGGGCUGCUCCACCACUUCCAUCGUGGUGGCAGCCGAUGACAGCGUCAUAGCCUGGGGACCGUCGCCAACCUAUGGGGAGCUGGGUCUUGGGGAGAAUGUGAAGUCAAGCACACAACCGAAGGAGGUGAAGACAUUGGAGGGUGCCCAUGUGGAGCAGAUCACCUGUGGCAUGGGACACACGGUGCUGCUGGUGAGGGACGAGACGGAGCAGGACAAGGAGAUCCUGGGCCGGUUGAAGGAAAUCACUCUGUAAGGCACCAUGUCACUCUGUCUGUCUGGCAGGAAGUGUUGGACUCACUCAAGCGUUUGCGAAUACUUUUGUCCCGUUUGUAUGUAGCUUUUAAGUGUCAGGAUUAUGUUUUAUAUUUAUCAGUGACCUUAUAUGAUUAUGUAGGGUUUGGAUGCUAUGUAAAAUUGCAAUAAUGAGUAAUGACUUAUUUAUUUUUACAUUACAGAUAGGUUAAGUACUAAUUCAUUCUUUUUUUGUUUUGUUUUUUUGUCACUUAUUUAUAAACACAAGAGUUAUGUAUAAUUUAGUUUUAUACAAAAAUUAUUCGUUGCGUAACACUAAUUAUAUGAGAUGCUUUAGUGCAAACCAACUUGAGGCUGGAGUGAGCAGCAGAGGACUUCCGGAGAGCAGUGGCCUCCACCCACUGCCAAGAAAGGCCACGGUGGAGGUCAUGUUGUCACUCGCUGAGCAUAAUGUUUCCAUAAGCCUGUGGGAAAGGUAUACAGUAGCACUGAUGAGUUAAGGGGUGUGAUUAUUGUGAGUCUGUACCUUUCCCCCAACUGAUGGUGCUGAACCUGCUAGGAUGGAGGAGGAGAUGGUGACUAACUAAGCUCUCUUUCAGUGAAAUGGUAGCAGAAAAGUUAGAGCAAUAAAGUAGGGAAAUAUUUCAACAGUAACAUGACUGUUUUUACAGUGUCAUGGUUGCUAAAAAUGUCUUAAAGGAAUGAAUAGAAUUACUUGUAUUUAUUUUUUGUAUUCAUCCAAUUUGAUGUGAUCACUGUAUCAAGAAAGCCAAAUAUAUUCCAAUAUGAACAAACUAAAAACCUUAGGAAGUUAGAAUACAGACAUUUGGAGUAAAAAAAUUUCAUGGUAAGGAAACAAAUGAGAAUAUAGUUUUCUUUUUACUAUUGCAUCAUAUCCAGUACAAGCUUAGUUUUUACACAUGAGUUUCCAGUAAUUAAUAGCGUUUUUUAUACUCGAGUACUUGAACAAUAAGUGUGACUCAGACAAUAAUUGAGAUAUGAUACAAUGUGAUGUCACCUCCACAUAUGUUUUGUUUCAGGUGUGUGUUUAUGUUUAGUAGAGCCAUUCCCUGUUUUAGCAUUUUAGAACAUCAUACAAGUAUUUGAAGUACUAACACUUACUUUGCAUCAUUGAGCAGUGGAACAUUGUGACAGGAGGAUAUUCAAAAUGUACCUUUUUCCAUUUGAGUUAAAAAAAAAGUCUCACUAACCAACUGCAAACACAUUCCAGCUAGAUAUUAUAUACCUCACUGAAGUGUAAGCCUUUUGCAUCUCACUACUGAAGAUAAUAAAUUUUUGAACAUUGCUACAUAUUUCAGACAAGCUCUUUUUUAUGUGCUCCAGUGUCUGCUUGUAGGAAAGAUUAAUUGCUGACACUCCAUGCAUCACUCAGCACUAGAGGCCCAGGGAGAGACUGAAGGCUGGCAGGGAAAUAAAAAUAAGUUCCUUUUUACCAUCACAGACACUUGCUCUUGUCAUCAGCAUUGCAUCCCUAUAGGCUAACGUCAAAGGUUAGCCUGUUAAUGAUGGUUUAGAUGCAACUCUUAUUUUGCUUCAGAGUUGUAGUUCUCAUGUAAUAUUCUUGUGCCUGUAAUCUUUUGGCAUUCAAGGUGUCAUCUCAGCAGUAGUGGCCCAAGGAAAACAAAUGUACAUGGAAUAUAAAGAGGUGUCCUGUGCUAGUGUCAUCCUCCUGGUGUGUCCUAGCCUGGUGUGUAUAGUUAGAUUGAUAGACAGAUCCAGAAACACAAGCUUUUCUUGAAUACAUUGUGCAUAACUGAUGGUAUGUGUACCUGGUGUGGCCUGCUGCUAUGCUGUGUGGCAGAGCAUUGGUAAUACUCAGAAUGCCCAGCCUUAGUCAUAUUCCUGCAUAAAUUCUAAUGUGAUCUUGCUUGCCCAAGCCAAGAAGAAUGUGAGGGCAGCAGCAUUCAAGGGACUAAUCCUGAGUGACGCAUGGAUGUGUUCUAUGUAAGAUAUUUUUUGUCUCUGUGGCAGAGACCUUGCAUAAUCUGAGGAGGACAUUUGUAGGUGGUGUUAGACUGACUAGUGAUUGGACUGGGUAAUUGGAGGUGCUUGGAGUAUGCCUUUUUCAAGCAUUGUGUAAUAACCAUUUUUUAUCUUUGGAAUUAUAUUGUGAAAAUUUUUUAUAAUAAUGGGAUUAUUGAUAUCAAGUUAUAGUGUAGAAUUUAUGGAAUGUAUCAUUUUAAAUAUGAAACACUUAUAGUGUUGAUUUGAAGGAGGCAUAAUUGAUAACUUGAGGCAAAGCUUUGGAGAAACAUACAAAGGAACUUGAGGGUCUGUCCAGGAAAUGUUACGUACCUGAUUUAAAUUAAUUUUUCAUUA